CAGUGUUGUCAAAUGGCCGCGGGCGGCGCUGUCGGGUCCGGCCCGGGCAGUGUUGUCAAAUGGCCGCGGGCGGCGCUGUCGGGACGGCGAGAAAUGGCGGACCUUCUCCCUGUGUUCAAACGGGGCUGGACUCAGUUUUGGAGUCAUGGCGGUGUCAUGGGGGCAUUUUGGAAGGUUUUGAGAACAAGUGAACUCAAAACUGGGAAAUUCAUCGGCGAAGACAAGUAUGGUAACAAAUAUUUUGAAGACAAGCGAUACUUCUUCAGUCGGCAUAGAUGGGUUGAAUAUACCAGCGAGAUGAAUGGGAAGAACACAUAUUGGGAAGUAGACGGGAGUAUGAUCCCUCCAGAAUGGCAUCGCUGGCUUCAUUGCAGUACUGAGGAUCCCCCCACUACACAUCCUCCUGCUGCACGGAAAUUUAUCUGGAAGACUCAUCAGUUUAACAUGAGUGGUACACCAGGACAGUACGUACCUUUCUCCACUACCCGCAAGAAGAUUCAUGAAUGGGUCCCACCACAGGCCAGUGAAAAAUGAACAGGCAUUGGACUCCCUUCUCUGUAAAUUACAUUUUCCACUUCAUCUUCCUGUCUGUGGACAGCUAGUAUCAAUAAAAUUAUCAUAUGCAUGUUUUCCUCA